AUGUUGGAUCACCAACCCGUUGCUGUUACAAUGGAGCUGAAGCAAGAAGACGUUAAACCACCUCCUCCACUGGCUUUAUGUUCUCAACAGAGUGACACUUUUGAGCAAAGAGAAAAACAUGAAUUAGUACAUGUUAUGGAAAGAUCAUCUUUGUUGCCAUCUCUGUCCUCUGUUGACAUGAGAAUAACAUUGUCUCCAUCUUCUAUUCUAAGGAGAGUUGAAUUUUUUUGGCAAGAGAGUGGAGAACACUUUAGAUCACUAUUAGGGUAUGAUCCUCAGAUUCUGCAAAUGCUGAAAGAGGGGCAUCAGAUAAUUUUAGUAAAUCAAAAAUUUGGAUUCUCUCUUCAGGAGAAGAGGGAUUGAUUGAAAAGAAGGCAACAGCUACAGGAAGAACUCCUAAGAGCAAAAGUGGAAGGGCUGAAAGCAAUUCGCUUACGGCACGGUCUGCCGGAAUAUAAUGGUCUCUCAAUUUUUUUUUUGAAUCUUGCAAUUUAA